UGUCAGUGGAAUAUUAUUACGUAGUUUCCGGUAUUACGCCCCGACCCACCAAAAAAAACUGUCGAACUGGCAAGGAGCAGUCUAAAGGGGUCGAAAAUACACAAAGAAUCUUCAAACCCCAAGAAACAUAGCUGCUUCACUCUCCACCAGGAUUACAUCGUGAUUGGACACAGGACCAUCUCCCUGCCAAUGACAGCUCUUUAGAGGGGAAAUGUCCAUGUCAAACAGUCACUGGCUGAGCUGGACUUGAGAUCACAAUGAUGAAGAUGAUCUGAGGGAUUCUUCCUCCUCAGGUGUAGGAGGCGGGCCCUGUCCUUUCCCAUCCCCUUGACACACCCAUUAAUAUGAACCAUGGACCCAGGAGCAGUUGACAGUCCCGUCACCUUAGUUAUCAAGGCCCCCAACCAGAAGUAUGACGACCAGACAAUAAACUGUUUUCUCAACUGGACGGUGGAGAAACUGAAGAGUCACAUCUCAAAUGUGUACCCAAGCAAGCCGGCUUUCUCAGACUGACAGUUGUGUUGUCUUAGUCAUCCAAGGAUCAGCGGCUGGUAUACUCGGGCCAUCUCCUCCUGGACCACCUGCAGCUGAGGGAUGUCCUCAGGAAGCAAGAGGGUUAUCACAUGAUGCACCUGGUGUGUGCCUCUCGUACCCCUCCAGCGUCGCCCACGCCGCACUGCUCCGCCUCCAGCUCUUUGACCUCUGACCCCGGCUCCAGCUCUGGGAGUUCAGACACUGCUGGCUCCACCUCCCAAGCCACAGCACCAAAUCAGGACAGUCAGUCCGCCGCCUCCUCAGUAACAGGAAGUUAUGAUGGGCUAAGGCACCGUGGAGUCUUCCCCCAAUUUAACCCUCAAAAUCCUUCCUCUACUGGUAUAAUGCAAUGGCCAGAUGGGACGCAGGUCCCGGUACAGGGGGGUAUGGCUGCAGGUGUGCCCCCCCACCCCAUGUACAUGCCCAUGCAGGUCCUCUGGUGGCAGCAGAUGUAUGCACACCACUACUACAUGCAAUAUCAAGCAGCAGUGGCGGCCUCACAGCCCCCCUCCACCCCUCCCUCCUCCCCCAGUCCCACCCACUCCCCCCAACCUGCACAGCCAAAUGAAGCUCCGCCUCCCCUGGGGCCUAACCCCGCCCCUAACCCUAUCCAAGAGGACAGGCCGGCCAAUCCCAAUAUCCAGAUGAAUGCCCAGGGCGGGGCCGUGCUAAAUGAGGACGAAUUGAACCGUGAUUGGCUGGACUGGAUGUACACAGUCUCCCGCGCCGCCAUUUUGCUCAGCAUCUUAUAUUUUUACUCCUCCUUUGGCCGCUUCGUCAUGGUGAUAGGCGCCAUGCUGCUCAUCUUUUUGCACAGGGCUGGUUGGUUCCCUUUUAGGCCAGAGCUGCAGAACCCCGGAGGAGGAGGAGCGGGGUUAGCUCAUCAGGACGAGGCAGAGCGACACCAGGACAUCCAGGAGAUGGAGCGGAUGAUGGAUGAAGGGCUGGAGGAUGAGGAGGGCGACAGUGGAGAGGAAGGCCCAGAGGACCCGGCAGCUCCCGCUGCCCCCCGCCACCACGGCUUCCUGGCAUCCACCUGGUCCUUCAUCAGCACCUUCUUCACCUCUCUCAUCCCAGAGGGACCCCCCCACCCAGCCAACUAAACCAGGGAGGGAGAACCUCCCUCCUCCCCAGCAACAACCUCCCAUGCUGCCAACUACCAGACUGUAAAUAGAGCUGCAGUGUGGGAGAAGUCUUGAAUAAAUCAAUGAACAAACUAACAUGUUAUGCCAUGUUAAACAAGCUAACAUGUUAUGCCAUGUUAAACAAGCUAACAUGUUAUGCCAUGUUAAACAAGCUAACAUGUUAUGCCAUGUUAAACAAGCUAACAUGUUAUGCCAUGUUAAACAAGCUAACAUGUUAUGCCAUGUUAAACAAGCUAACAUGUUAUGCCAUGUUAAACAAGCUAACAUGUUAUGCCAUGUUAAACAAGCUAACAUGUUAUGCCAUGUUAAACAAGCUAACAUGUUAUGCCAUGUUAAACAAGCUAACAUGUUAUGCCAUGUUAAACAAGCUAACAUGUUAUGCCAUGUUAAACAAGCUAACAUGUUAUGCCAUGUUAAACAAGCUAACAUGUUAUGCCAUGUUAAACAAGCUAACAAUGCUUUAUAUUCCAGAGGCUUCUCUGAUUUCAUCAUACAAACUGAUACACACACACUUUAUUACCUUUGAUCAUGUCUGCUCAUUCAGAUUUUGGUGUCAUUGAAUGGCCUCAAAGGGUCGUCCAUUUUAAGCAGUGAUACAGCCGUUGCAUUUAUCGUUUUGUUUUUUGAGAAUAGAUAAAAGGACAUACACCUAAAUGUGUAUGAAUAUUUCAAUGACUCUAGCACACAUGUUUCUCUCUGUGUAUAUGAGCAUUAUCUACUUACAUAUAAGUAUCUACAUCUUAGCUCUUGACAAAAUGCAUUUUUGAAUAAAAGCCUUGUGGUUUCAUAUGUGUGAA